UCAAGAAUGAAGAUCCAUGUCCUCAGUGCUAUGAAAAAUACAAGAAGGUACAAUGGGACACAUUACACCCACCUGCUAAUGUAGAAAGAAAUAUUACUAUUGCUGGUUCUAGUGCUUACAGAAACCCAGUGCCUCCUGGACAGAAGAUUCCUACUCAGUUGCAGCAAAAUUUGAUGAAGCAUGAGGCACGGCGUAAGAAAGAAGCUCCCAAGAAAGUAGUGCAAGAUAGAGAUAUGGCAUCCAAGUUUUAUGGAGACCAUCUUGAUCCAAAUGAACUGUUUAAAUUUAAGAUGCCAGAAGGCAAAGAACAGUCACUACACCUGUAGGGUUUAUAAUGAGAUUAUUUAUUGACAUAUCGGAAGGUCACAGAGGUCAUCCCUGUGUUUUCACAGGGCACUGAGAAUAUUUCACUGCUUUUUACCAAGAAAGGUUGUUCUAGCAUCAAAUAUAUGAAAUCUGUGCCAAUUUGAAUUUAGUUCAGCUCUUUUCCUCAACUUAAAAUUUAGUCACAACUUUCAAACAAUGUUACAUAUGUGCUGUCUUGUACAUAACUAGACAAUUGUUGCCUUGGUUAUAACCAUUGUAGAUUAUAUUUAUUAAAGUCAUUAUGCAAUUUUCGGGAAAGUUAUCUGGUAAUGGCAUGGAGCAACCAAAUAUAAACCUCUAAAAAUGAGGACUGCAGCAGUCAGAGAACAUUAUAGCUUAAAAAAUAGACAACAAAUCUAGCAUUUUUUAACUGCAUUUAAAAUUUUAAUGCUUUCAGUGUUUUAUUGUAUUAAGUAAAGAGAAUUAAAACAUUUUUCUUUAAAUAAAGUUUACUCGAGAUUUAUACGUUGAAAUUACAAGUUAUGCUAAGUAAUAUUGGAAUCGGCAGAUCUUGACUUAUCAUCGGAUGGAGUAUGAGAACUCACUUACUAACUAUUUCUGUAUAUUUGAUUUACAUCACCUGUAAACUGAGCUGAAAAAAUAUAUAAAAUUUUAGAUUGAAGUAAGUUAAUUGAAUCUAACUGGAAUUCAUCAGGAGUCAUUUGUAAUAUGAGUGAUGUGCUUAAUUUAAGUUCAUUGCCACUAGUAAGCAUAUUAUAUGUCACAAUAUAUAUAUAGCGAUGUCACAUCAACAUUUUGGUAAAUGACAAUCAUUUUACUGAAAUUUACUGGGCUACAUGCCAGUCUGUAGUAAAUUUGAAAUGGAAAAAAGUUUCCAGUUUUCAUAGGCAACAGAAGUUUAGUAUACCUUGGAAUACCUGCCUUCAUUUAAAGCUGAUCAUGAUGUAAAUGUAACAUUUUUGACAUUGUAAGCUUGGCUAUGUCUUUGAAUAUACUUUACCAUUCAGCUUCUUCUGUGAUAUUUUUUACUCAAAAUAACAAGAUGUCUUUGUUGACUUUAUUUUAGUGUUUUGUUUUUUACAUUCUGGAAGAUUGUUUUUUUUAUGUUCAAGAUUUUAUUAUCUUUGGUCACCUCUUGAAUUUCCUGAUGAAAUGUUUGCAAAGUGUUACUGAAUAUAACAAUAUGUAAGAAAAAAAAAGAAAUUGACACACAUUGUAUUCAAAUGUGUUUGCCAUUGUUAAACAUCUUCAGUAUUUCUGUUGUAAAAAUAUAUUCAUUUAUAAAGUAAUUUGCAGAUUUUAGCAGUAUGAUUAUGCAUUCUAACACGAUCCGAUUCAUUUUCCUAUUAAACAAAGAAGACUGAAAACAGUGAAUUACUAUACAACAAUUCACUGUUCUGACAUCACAAUUAUUACGUCAUAGCGUCAAACGGCAUAGCGGCGCGCUGGAAAAGAAACCGAUUGAAAACGGGCAAAUGUUUAAUGAAUGCCGUCAAGGAUGUACUUUAAAGUCCUUGGUAACGUGUUAGAAUCGAAAUAAUAUAUCUCAUUUAGUGAUUUGCUCUUGAAUAAAAUCAUUG